AUGGAUAUGUAUCCCGCUGCAUUACUUGGGUACCCUUCUAAUAUAUCUAUAUCUAUACUAUCGUAUAAAUUGCAGUUGAAAGACAAUCAGCCGUGUGCGUAUCAGAUCAGAUACGCGGGUUGUAAGGGAGUCAUCGUGUGGUGGCCUGGAAAAAAGGGGGACAAUAUCAAGCUUUCAUUAAGGCCGAGCAUGAAUAARUUYGAGUCUGMUCAUACGGUUCUUGAAAUAUGUUCUUGGACACGGUURCAGCCCGGUUUCUUGAAUCGUCAGAUAAUAACGCUACUCUCCGCUUUGAAUGUUGGAGACGAUAUCUUUUGGGAAAUGCAGACGAAAAUGGUGAGAAAUCUGGACCAAAUGCUCGAGGACACGGAUAUGGCAUUUGACGUGAUCACAACAUCGUGUGCCGAAAAUGGGAGUACAGCUUCGAUAAUGUUGGCUGCCGGUUUCAAGCCGACAACCGAACCACACCUUCGCGGCAUGUUGAGUAGCAUCCGAGUUGCACAGCUCGAAGAUUUACGUGAGAAAUCUCGAAUCUUUGUGCCCGAAGGAAGGUGGUUGAUGGGUUGUUUGGAUGAAUUAGGUGUUCUUGAACAAGGCCAGUGCUAUAUUCAAGUAUCAAACCCGUCGGUCGAGAACUGUUUUGUGAAACAUGGGUCGAGAUUUUCUGAAACAAAACGAAAUUUGACAGUKAUCAAGGGUACUGUGGUMAUUGCAAAGAAUCCGUGUCUUCAUCCUGGUGAUGUUCGAGUUUUAGAGGCUGUAGAUGUCCCUGGUCUAGAACAUCUGUUUGAUUGUUUGAUUUUUCCGCAGAAAGGAGACCGGCCACACACCGAUGAAGCUUCCGGAAGUGAUCUCGAUGGCGAUCUCUAUUUCGUUACAUGGGAURAAAAUCUUAUACCACCUAGCAAACAGAGCUGGCCGCCGAUGGAAUACACUGCUGCCGAAGCCAAACUUUUACCACGCGAUGUUACCCAACAGGACAUAAUAGAUUUUUUCACCAAGAACAUGGUUAAYGACAGUCUUGGAACGAUUUGCAACGCACACGUAGUCCAUGCCGAUAUGAGUGAUGACGGAGCUCUAGAAAAAAAAUGCAUCAAACUGGCGGAACUAGCGGCUACCGCCGUUGAUUUCCCGAAAACCGGCAAGAUCGUGAACAUGCCGCCUGCUCUUAGACCGAAGCUUUACCCGGAUUUCAUGGGMAAAGAAAGUUUCCAAAGCUACAAAUCGAAGAAAAUACUCGGGAAACUUUAUCGCCAUGUCAAAGAUUGUCGCGCCACAGAUGUCACGCCAUCUUCCGAACUUCUAAUCCUCCCUUCCMACAUACCGUAUGACGAAGAUCUUGAGGUUCGUGAGGCUGCUAGCUUUGUAAAUGAUGCUUGGGGCUGUAAGUUGUCGUACGAUCGACGACUAAACGGGCUUCUCGGACAGUAUAAGGUGGCCCGAGAAGAAGAGAUUGUCACGGGUCAUAUUUGGUCAAUGCCGAAACAUGCUAGCAAGAAGCAAGGUGAACUUAAAGAAAGGAUCAAACAUGCGUACAGUGCGUUGAGGAAGGAGUUCCGGAAGGUGUUYGACUAUCUGGGUCCUGAUUUUGACCAGAUUCCGGAAGAAGAAAGAAACGAGAGGUACGAGCGAAAGGCGUCUGCUUGGUACCAGGUUACGUACCAUCCGAUUUGGGUAAGGAAAUCACUGGCUUUGCAAGAACCUGGCCGGGAGGGCGAAACGGUAAAUUUGAGCUUUGCGUGGAUCGCAGCUGAUUAUCUUGCCCGAAUCAAAAUCAAGCGACGGGGAGCUGGAGACGGGAGAUCCCAGAAACCGAUUGAUUCACUUGGUCGGUACCUUGCUGAUCGGAUGUGAUCGUUUAUGGCUGCAUGGCUACUCUGCCACUUCUUGACCUUUUUUAUUAUUCGUGUAUCAUUUUGUCUGAGUGAAGAAGUCACUAUCUAUUUCAUCAAGCCAUAAUCGAACAACCUUGUAUAAGUUAUCAAAUAACAGCUUGUUUGGGUUUAAUGAGACUCAUUGUUUGGUAGUGGUUUAUUUUGUAAUCUUUAUGGAACUUUAUAA